AUGCCUCUAACCUCAGACCUCAACCUCGACCACAAAAAAUUCGACCCCUCCCAAAUCUCAGACCAAACCAAAAAGUACAACGACCAAUUAAUCGAAGUCCAAAAGAAAGGCCCAAAAUGGUACGAAGUCGGAGCAGAAACCCACCGUCGCAUGCGCUGGGAAGGAAAAACCCCCUUCCCAGCCCCCCAAGUGCUCUCGGACGGCAUAAACAGCACCGCGCCCUCGCGAGACCCAGACCGUUCCAUCCCCAUCCGCAUCUUCCAAGCCCCGAAAUCGCCAGCUUCAGGGAUUUUCUACCAUAUCCAUGGCGGCGGCUGGGUUUUGCAAUCCGAACACUAUCAGGAUCUGAUGUUGAAACGUUAUAGCGAGGAGGCGAAUUUGACGAUUGUGAGUGUCGGGUAUAGAUUGGCGCCGGAAUGUCCGUUUCCGAAGGGGAAUGAGGAUUGUGUUGAUGUGGGGGAGUGGUUGGUUGAUCGGGGGGAGGAGGAGUUUGGGGCACCGUUGAAGUUUAUGGGUGGGGAUUCGGCUGGAGGACAUCUUUCGGUUGUGACUUGCUUCUCGUUGUUGGAAACGAGACCGAACUUCGCAUUCAAAGGUUUGGUGUUGAACUUUGGAGCGUAUGAGUUGAGUACCUUCUUGCCGGCUUGUCAUGCGUUUGAUAUGGAGUUGUUGGCGGUUUGGCUGAUUGUGGUUAGAUACAUCGAAGCGUAUCUGCCGAAUACUACGGAAAAGGAUAGGAGGGACCCCAAGAUUAGUCCUUUCUGGAAGGAUCUGAUGGGUUUAAAGCUGCCACCGGCACUGUUCACCUGUGGCACAUUAGAUCCGUUACUGGAUGACUCGCUACUUAUGUCUGCAAAAUGGGCGGCAAGUGGAGCGGAUUCAAUACUGAAGAUAUAUCCGGGAGCGCCACAUGGCUUUUCGUUCUUCCCAGUCGGAGGGACGGAGCAGACAGAUAUCUGCCUGAAGGAUAUCGGCAUGUUCAUGAACGAAAGACUGUAG